GGAGUAGUUUUUCAAAUGUUGACUUAAAUGAUUAACUAAUCUCACACAUAUAUAAUUUUUAAAAAAUUAUCACAGAUCGAUAAAGAAAAUGUCUGGGAUGGCUAUCUUUUAUAUAAACGUUUUAAUUUAAAGAGUGCAUAGUUUUUACUAAAGUUAUCCGUCGAAAUGGAUAUCGCUAAAGAACAUAGAACGUUAAUAGACCGUAUUGCUAGUGAAAAUGGAUUCACCGACUACGAAAUAAUAACCAGUUCUGGAUCCAAUAAAGGAGACAACUUUCUUGGAAUUCUUACUGCAAUUACCAUCAAAGACAAGGAAAAAAAUUUGAAUUUGAUUAUGAAGUCAUCUCAUACGAAUAAGGGUUUUAGAGAAGCUACACCCAUUAAAGAUAUUUUUAAUCGAGAAAUCUAUUUGUACGAACGCGUUUUUAAGGAGUUUAAAAAGUUCCAAGAAGAACACAACAUUGAAGAUCCUUUCGAAAGUGUUCCUAAAUGUUAUUUAUGCUUCGCUGAAGACGGACUUGAAAGUUUAGUUAUGGAGAAUUUAAAAACACAACAAUACGAGCUGUGGGAUAAAAAGGUCCCAAUGAAUAUAGGGCAUAUUAAAGCCAUUCUCAUUGAGUAUGCCAAAUUUCACGCCGUUUCAUUGGCAAUGAAACAAAAAAAUCCGGCAUUAUUUAAAAAAUUGACAGAAGAUAAUGCAGGUGAUGCAUUUGACAAAAAAUAUGCCAAUGAUAAGGAUAAAGAAGAGAAGUUUAAAAAUUUUAUGACUGCUAAUUUAUCCAAUGGUUACAAGGCAUUGAAAGAUGAUCCAGUGUUGACAGAACAUCUUAAAAAAUAUGAACAAAUUGCAGGUCCUGAAUUUUUUAAUAAAAUGAAAGGACCAGAAUACAAACUUGUUAUAACGCAUGGUGACUGUUGGUGUAACAAUUUCAUGUUUAAAUAUCAGGAUCCAAAUGAUAAAACAAAACCCCAAAGUUUACGUAUUGUAGACUGGCAAAUAUCUACUUUGGGAAGCCCAUGUGCGGAUCUAUCUUAUUUCCUUCUUGUUAACACUCCUGAAGAGGUUCUAGAUGAUAUCCAAACUUACCUAAAAUUUUACUAUGACAAACUGGCUUCGCAACUUCGUAAUUUUAAUUUGGAACCCGACGAAUUGUUUCCAUUCUCUACGUUUUUAGAUCAUUUCAGACUAUGUCUAUUACAAAGUUUUUUCAUAGUAUUAAUAGUUUUAAAAGUAAUGGUAACUGACAAAGAAGAUAUACCUGAUCACGUGGAAGCUGCUGAUAAAACGGGCGAGCCUUUCGCUUUGGUGAAUUAUGAAACAAAAAAUUUUGAAGAGUAUGCUAGAAGAUUAAAAAUUGUAAUGCAGUUUUUGGUUAAAAACCAGUAUUUGUGAUAUAAAAUUAAUAUUUAAAUAAAGUCUAUUUCUUAAUUUU